CGAGAAUAGUGAAUUGAAAAAUGGCUGCGCCCAUGUAAAACUUUCUCCUCUACUUUCCAUUUACCCAUAGGAUAGUUUUGUGGUCUGGAAACAUGGCAGAGAAGAAUGAAACAGAUUUUAUCCUUAAUUACAUGUCAGAGGUGGAAGCUGUGGCAGAGGAAAUUCUGACCAGCAAGCAACACAUGAUAGAACUCGACAAAAAAAGACAAAAGAGCAGAGAAGCUAUCAGGGUACUACAAAAAGAUAAAACUUCAACAAAACAGUGGGUCUGUUUUGGCAAUAUGUUUAUCAAGAUGCCAUCUAAAGAAACAAAGCUGCUGCUGGAAAAAGAUUUUGAUCAGCUGGACAAGGAAAUAUCAGAGACCAGGCAGGACCUGAAGCCAAAACUUCGGCAGCUUCGUGACCUUGAAAACAAGGACAAUCCUAAAGGAUUUCACUUGAACCCGUUAACGAAAGAGGAAAUGCGGGCUGUCGAGCAGAUGCUUUAAGGUCAGAGGCUCGAACAACUGUGUAUCAUAAUGUGCCAGAUUCACAGAAUAUAUGUCAAGAAGCGAUCGGAUUGACGCAUUUCAUCUACAUCAGGUCUAUUCCAUCUGACAAAAUCGGAGGUUCAAAAUAGACAUGUAGCUUGUUCGAAAGGGUUUGGAUCUUUGUUCGUAAGACGAAAGUUGAUGUCUACAGAGAUGGAAGCAAAUUUAUCACAAGCAGCCCCGUUAUACCACCCCCUCAUCACUUGCGUAGAUUCCUGGUCUUUUUAUUUUACGUGUCACCUGCAUUUCAUGAGACAAUACACCUAUUUCAUUGCAGAAGUAUAAUGCCAGUAUUAGAUAUAUGUAUUAUGAAUAAAAAAAAAAAGGUUACAUUGUUUAAGUCUCUAUCAUUGUGACAGUUGAGACCACUUGAUUCUUUUUCUUAUUGUGCCAAAUUAUCCUGGUUAUAUGUUCUGUGAUAAUCGGUCAAACAAUGUCCUGAUCUUUUCAUACGUGAAGGCACUUCGGCUGGCUAACAGAUGUCGCUGUUACAACAGGAAGAAGAAAGAGACUUAGUAUAAUUCAAUCGCUUUAUUACAAAAAUGUAUAUUUCAAAUAAUCAGAAAUUGUUUAUGCUGUGUAUUUUGAUCUUUCUUUAAAAGAAAAUGUGUUGCAUAAUUUUCCUGUCGGACAAAUUCCCCAAAAAAUUUGUAAUUACAAACCUUUAAUGGUUUCGUAUGAAAUGUUAAUUAUUUUUUAAUAUGUAAGACUAAAUUAGAGUGUAUCGUUUUGAGGGCUAUUAAGUAUAAUGUAUAUUUUAAAUUUGAUAUUGUUAUUUUAAAUUAAACAUGAUAUUGAUAUAGGCUUUUUUUCUGAAAAAUUGUUUCAAGGACGCUUGUUUCGAUAUCGAAAUACGCUAAGUAGAACAAUGGUUUCACUAUUAAUGUACCACGGGGAGCUAAACGUUGGGUUCCUAAUAAUUUUAUCCACAAUACCUGAUUUAACGAAAAUUGAUUUUAUGUCAUUUUGCAAAUUAUCCGUAAUGAUAGAAAUGUUCAUUAGAUUAUUAAAUAAUCAUUUUUCAGAUAUGUAUUAUUUAUCUUUGAUGUGAACCUCAUCAAGUAAAUUGAAAUAGCAAAGUAACAUUUAUAAAACCAGGUCUCAGUACAGAACUGAUCAAUCUAAUUUGUUAAUAAUUUUCUACAUCUAUGCAAGUCCGAUGUCUGUAAAGUAUUACUAACGUCAUUUUAUAACUUCUUUAAAUAAAAGAAAACUUUGUCAAUUUGACUUAAAUUAUAUUUGACACUUUCCAGAAACUAUACAAACGACGGAUUAUGAAUAAUUUAUAUUGUUAUUUGGUUUUAAAAAAAAUCUAUUAAAUAUGGCAGUGUGACAAUACAUGUACCUGCUAUCUAUAAAGGAGGAAUUAACCUGAUUAAAAUUUCUCUUUACUUUGAUCUGAAGCAUUUGAUCAUUAAAUAUGAGAAUCUUUUAAGGAUUCUGUCUCUAAAUAUUCACUGAUUGUUCUCGGAUAAAAUUUGCCUUUUUCAUCUGAUAACUUUCUUUUUUUAAUGAUCAUAAAUCGUAUUUUUUUUUACAAUAAAGCUAUUAUUAUUUUUA